AACGUACAUCUGUUCAAUUGAUUAAUUCAAUUCGUGCUUGUAAAUUAAUAGUAAUUAAAUAUUGAAGAUCAGUUUUGCGAUGGUUUGUUUCUGUUUCUUGGUUGAUCAGAAGAAAGUGGUGCGGCGGAGCAGGCCGGUGGCGGGGACGUGCGGGCGGUGCCGCCACGGGGCGACGGUGGCCGAUAUGCAGACUUUGACGAGGUUCUGUUGCAUCCCAUUUUAUUGCAAGUCUUGGAAGGCCAUCGUGUGUACCUUUUGUGGCCGUGUCCUUAAAUCUUAUACCUGAACUUGAUCAAUCAUUUUCACCAUUACAAAAAUUACUUGAGUCUUUGGAUUCGGCCGGUGAUUUAUCCAAUGUACACUACUGGAAGGAUAGUGAUUGUAAAUUAUUACAUUAACCAAAAUAGAAAGAAAUUCAUUAAUUAUGUAUAUGCAUAUAAAUGUGC